CAUCAAGCAGUAUUCAGAUGAUACCUGUACUGUGCUUGUCCCCUGCCUGAAAUUGCAAUUCUUCAAUUAGGUAUCCUAGGACAACCUGCUGACCUUAACUCCUCUACAAAAAAAUCUGUGCAUCCAGCCACUGAGAACUCCAAGGAAGCAGCAGUAGUCUAAAAGCACUUGCACCCAUCAGACUCAGAGGCGUGUUCCUGACUACCUGCUGUCUUCUUUCUUAGGAGCAGAGUAAAUUUCUGUAGGAGAGUAAAUCAAGAAAAAUAAAUUCUUUCUCCAUAAGACCUCAAGUGUAAGGAAAUGGCAUUCAGAUUUGGUCAACAUCUUAUCAAGCCCUCUGUGGUGUUUCUCAAAACGGAGCUGUCCUUUGCUCUCGUGAAUAGGAAACCGGUCGUACCAGGACAUGUUCUCGUGUGCCCACUGCGGCCAGUGGAGCGCUUCCAAGAUCUGCGUCCUGAUGAAGUGGCCGAUUUGUUUCAAGUGACCCAGAGAGUCGGGACAGUGGUGGAAAAGCAUUUCCAGGGGACCUCUCUGACUUUUUCCAUGCAGGAUGGCCCCGAAGCCGGACAGACUGUGAAGCACGUUCAUGUUCACGUUCUUCCCAGGAAGGCUGGAGACUUUCGCAGGAAUGACAGCAUCUAUGAUGAGCUCCAGAAACAUGACAAAGAGGGAGUGGACUCCCCAGCCUCCUGGAGAUCAGAGGAGGAAAUGGCGGCGGAAGCUGCAGCUCUGAGGGUCUACUUUCAAUGACAGGCAUGAAAGUAACUCAAACAAAUCCCAAGGCAUAAGGAAAUGGGCCUCGUUCUCUAGGACUCCGCGGCAUUGGAAAUGAAGCUAAGCAGACUUUAUUACAUCCUGCGAUUCUGCAACCUUUUGCGAAGCAUUUUAUUGCACUCGUGGAAGCCACUGGGGUUAUGUUUCAAUCAUGAUGACUGGCAGGCUGGCUUCAAAACCGUGGCAUCCACAACCUUGCCACGCGUUUCUCUUCACGCUCUGUACUUAGAAUAGAACGUUUCUAAAUUGUCCCUUAGCCUGGGUGAAAAUAAAAUGGUCCUUAAAAUAUUUA